CCGCCUCGCAGUCAUCCAGGGAACGUGAGGACCCGAGACUGUGGUCCGGCGACCUCCUUCCCACAGGUGUACCCCUCAUCUUUGACCGCGAUGCCGCUCUACGAGGGCCUGGGGAGCGGAGGCGAGAAGACGGCCGUCGUGAUCGACCUCGGAGAGGCUUUCACCAAGUGUGGAUUUGCUGGAGAAACUGGUCCAAGAUGUAUAAUUCCUAGUGUGAUAAAAAGAGCUGGCAUGCCUAAGCCAAUAAAAGUUGUCCAGUAUAAUAUUAAUACAGAAGAAUUAUAUUCCUACCUAAAGGAAUUCAUCCACACACUCUACUUCAGGCAUCUGUUGGUGAAUCCCAGGGACCGCCGAGUUGUGGUUAUUGAGUCGGUGUUAUGCCCUUCCCACUUCAGAGAGACACUCACUCGUGUUCUUUUCAAAUAUUUUGAGGUUCCGUCGGUUUUACUUGCUCCCAGUCAUCUGAUGGCUCUUCUGACACUUGGCAUCAACUCGGCCAUGGUCCUGGAUUGUGGAUAUAGGGAAAGCCUCGUGUUACCUAUCUAUGAAGGAAUUCCAGUACUGAGCUGCUGGGGAGCCCUGCCCUUAGGAGGAAAAGCUCUUCACAAGGAGUUGGAAACUCAACUGUUGGAACAAUGUACUGUUGACACGGGUGCUGCUAAAGAACAGAGCCUUCCUUCUGUCAUGGGUUCAGUUCCAGAAGGCAUCUUAGAGGAUAUUAAAGUGCGCACUUGCUUUGUAAGCGAUCUAAAGCGUGGAUUAAAAAUACAAGCAGCAAAAUUUAACAUGAAUGGAAAUAAUGAGCGUCCCACACCACCUCCAAAUGUUGACUAUCCAUUAGAUGGAGAGAAGAUUUUACAUAUCCUUGGACCAAUCAGGGAUUCAGUUGUGGAAAUUCUUUUUGAACAAGAUAAUGAAGAGAAAUCAGUUGCCACUUUAAUAUUGGAUUCCCUUCUACAGUGCCCAAUAGACACAAGGAAGCAACUAGCUGAGAAUUUGGUAAUAAUAGGUGGCACAUCUAUGUUGCCAGGAUUUCUGCACAGAUUGCUUGCAGAAAUAAGGUAUUUGAUAGAAAAACCAAAAUACAAAAAGACACUUGGAACCAAAACAUUCCGGAUUCAUACACCACCUGCGAAAGCUAAUUGUGUGGCCUGGUUGGGAGGAGCUAUUUUUGGAGCAUUGCAAGACAUACUUGGGAGCCGUUCUGUUUCAAAGGAAUAUUAUAAUCAGACAGGCCGUAUACCAGACUGGUGUUCUCUCAACAACCCUCCUUUGGAAAUGAUGUUCGAUGUUGCCAAAGCUCAGCCACCUCUGAUGAAGAGAGCAUUUUCUACUGAGAAAUAAAUGUUUGGUUAAAAUUCACCUUUGCUUUAUUUCACACAUUUACUCAAUUACAAGCAAAUUGUACAAAGUAUGUAGCAGCUUUAUUAUGGAUGAACUUGGUAACAUGAAAACAUUUCUGCAUUUGCUAUUUACAUUUAAUAUUUAGUUCAUUUGACUUUAUUUCUCUUUGUGUAGUAUGGUAAAAUGGUAGCUGGCAAUCCUAAGACUUGUAUUUAUAUCAAUAAAAUUACUUAUGCAGUUUAA